AUUUUGUUAUUGGAGAGAUUUGCAGUGAAAGGUUGAUUGAGCUUUCAUUGGUUGUCUGAUUGAAUUUUCCGUUUUUUUUGGUUUUUCUUCUAAUGGAGGAGGGUCUGGUUAACUUUGUGUAUUCUUUUUCUCGGGACUUGUAACUGAAUUUGUUGGGUUUGCAAAAGAAUUUGGGUUUGGAGUUUAUCAGCAUUUGGCUUGAGGUUUUUUUCUAUUUUUUUCCAUGCGACAUUAAGCUGGAACCUUCCCAAAUAUGCUAUUCCUUUGAUGUGUUUUAGGUCAUUUAUUGAUCGUCUGAUUGUUAAUUUUUGUGGAUCGGAAAUUGGAGGGCCCAAGUUACGUCUCUCUGCGCAAACAUUUAGUUCUCUGGAUUUUCAAGAAUCGAGUGUGGCUAUGGAUUCCAUAAAGAAACCUUUGGGGUUGAACAAUCCUCCAGGGUUGAAUAAGAAUCUUUAUCCACCCAUAGAACCAUACAGUGUUGGAUUUCUGAAGGUUUCAGACAUUCAUACCAUAUAUUGGGAGCAAUCGGGGAAUCCUGAUGGACAUCCAGUUGUGUUUCUUCAUGGAGGACCAGGAGCAGGAACAUCACCAAAUAAUAGAAGAUUCUUUGACCCUGAAUUUUAUCGUAUUAUACUUUUUGAUCAGCGAGGUGCAGGUAAAAGUACACCACAUGCAUGUUUGGAAAAUAACACUACAUGGGACCUCAUUUCUGACAUUGAAAAACUUAAGGAACACUUGGGAAUUCUAGAAUGGCAGGUUUUUGGUGGAUCAUGGGGAAGUACGUUAGCUCUUGCUUACAGCCAAUCCCAUCCCGAAAAGGUUACUGGUCUGGUGCUUAGAGGAAUUUUCCUAUUGAGGAAGAAGGAGCUUGACUGGUUUUAUGAGGGAGGAGCAGCUGCUAUUUUCCCUGAUGCAUGGGAGCCUUUCAGAGAUUUCAUUCCACAAGAAGAGAGGAGUUGUUUCAUUCAUGCCUAUAGCAAAAGGCUGAAUUCGAAGGAUCUUGAGGAACAGAUAAAGGCUGCUAAAAUUUGGACCAAUUGGGAAAUGAUGACUGCACACCUUCUUCCUAAUGAAGAGAACAGUAAAAGAGGAGACGAUGAAAACUUUUCACUGGCAUUUGCACGGAUUGAAAAUCAUUAUUUUGUGAACAAGGGUUUUCUUCCUUCAGAGACAUUCUUACUGGAUGGCAUUGAUAAAAUAAGACAUAUUACAACCGUAAUUGUGCAGGGAAGAUAUGAUGUUUGCUGCCCUAUGACAUCAGCAUGGGAUCUUCAUAAAGCAUGGCCAGAGGCACAAUUUGAGGUAGUCCCAGACGCAGGGCACUCUGCAAAUGAACCAGGAAUAGCCGCAAUGCUCGUGGCAGCAAAUGAGAAACUCAAAAACAAAUACACAGGGAAAUGAAGUUAGAGAGAGAGAGGUUGCUGGAAGAAAAAAAAAAAUGACCAAAGCUUGUUUGAGCUCUGUAUCUGGUGUCCAUGCAAAAUAAUUUUGAAAGUGAAAUAUGGAAUGAAAUGAAAAACUGUUGCAUCUACAGGUUAACGUUUACAGUUAGAGCGUAUAUUUGU